CGCGUCCUCGAGCUGCUUUCGUAGUCGGCAUCGGCCAUCCGCGACGCGAGCUUUCGCUCGGACUACGAAGCUACUCUCGCGCAAUAAUUUUUCACGGCGCAUAUUAAAUAACGUGCGAUCGAAUCAUCGCGUGAGCGAAUUUACGAUAGAGGAUAAUUAUCGAAUUCGCUUGAGUAUGUAAUUCGAAAGAGUGAACUCGAAAAGAGGAAUUGUUAUAAGAGAUAAUAGAAAAGAAUCGCUCGGUACACUACGUAGUAAUGUAGCGAUAUACGGUGCGUCGAGUGUUUUUUACGAGAAAGUAUAUUUAUAUUUAGUUUAUAUAUAUAUAUAUAUAUUCUUAAAUAUAAAUAUAUAAAAAUAUGGUAUAUGUAUUCGUGAAGUGACAAAUUUUUGGAGCAAUCAAGCGGAAUGCAGUGAUAUUCAUCGAGCCCGAAGAAGAGAAAGUCGAUGGGUCGAGGAUCAUAUCGUACGAUUAAUCGUUCGCCUUCGAGAACGAUUUUGGAAAAUGUGCUUUUUAUCGUCGUACCCUUCGAUAAAGUGAAGAUUCGCGAAAGGAAAUUGACGCGUAUCGGAACAGUGAGAGCUAUCAAGGAUAAUAGAGAAAGAGAGGGGAUGUACAUAGCCGCGAGUGAACGGCGACUCUGCCGGUGGCUCUGAAUUUCGCGCUUCGCGAACGCUUCGGUGAAUUCGUUGGGUGAAAGCGACGAACCUUCCUCGAUUCGCACGCUCGUUCGUUCGGGAUGUGCUCGUCGAGCCGGAAAAAUUUCGAUGCACUGCUUGGAAUCGCGGGAAGUCGCUCUUAACUUCGAUCGAAGAUCAUCGAAGGAGGGAAAGAAGGAAGAGAAAGAGGAGGAAGAGAGCUGCUUCGGUGACAACGGAGUAUCGUGGGAGAUAGAAGAAAGAGAAGAGUCAACGCGAAUCGGUGGUGGUGUGGUGGUGGUGGUGGACACGAGAGAGAGAGAGAGAGAGAGAGAGGGCGGGCAACCACCCCCUCCGAGCGAUGGAUCUUGCGCUUCUACUCUUCGUGGUGCUGCUCAGGCAAGAGGAUAUGAUCUAGAAUCGGAUAAGCUCUAUUCUUUUUCGUGGUACAAGGAUCACGAAGAAUUCUAUAGAUACGUACCAAGGAGCGAACCUACUCAACAUAGUUAUCACGUCGAGGGCAUUAAAGUGGACCACCGAUACUCCGACCACAGACGAGUACAACUUGAAGAUGUUGGACUUUACACCAGCGGAAGGUACAAGUGCGAAGUUGUUGCAGAAGCACCCAACUUUAACUCGGUUAUCGCUGAGGCCAAUAUGGAGGUCGUAGUUCUGCCCGAAGAAAGUCCCACGAUAACGGGCGAAGAAAAGAUUUACGCUAGCGGCGACGUUCUUGCCCUGAAUUGCACCAGCGGCAGAUCCCACCCCGGUGCACAUCUGAAGUGGUUCAUCAACGGCGUACAGGUGAAAGCGGAUUCGGAACUGAGGCACGAACAGCACGGCUUGAUCUCGACGAUAUCGAGUCUCCGACUGGAACUCGAGCCAGAUCAUCUCUCGAGCGAGAAGAUAAAAGUCAGGUGCGAAGCAGUAGUUCGAUCGAGCCAAGAAACGAACGAUUCGUUCAUUGACUCGCGUGCAACGGAAGUAUUCGUUCAAGGCCAAUCCAGUCUCUUGAGGCCGUCUGCUUGCUUGCUGGUGACUCUCCUUUUAUUACAACGAUUAUUGGUGCCUCAUUAGACACCUUAAAAGGGCAAGAGAUUUUCUAUAUGACUUUUUCCCUCUCUCUCCUUCCCUCUCUCUCUCUCUCUCUCUCUCUCUCUCUCUCUCUCUCUCUCUCUUUCAUCUCGGCUUUCCUAGCCUUUUAAA